AUGGAUAAAAAUGCUAUGCGCCGGAAGCGUUAUGCAGAAAUGUCACCCACUGCCAAGGCUGCACUUUCACGUCGGAGGCGUGAGGCCAGGCUUCUUAAGAAAAAGGAUGACUCAUCGCGCUCUUACCUUCGUACCGUGCCACUUGGGCAUGUUGAAACUGGUGUUUGUUUCUCUAAUUCAGCUCCUACGCGUAACGACUCGUUAGCAGCUUGUCAUGGUCAGGUUGUCGAUAGUCGUUCUGUUGCGCUUCAAGAAUCGUUGAACUAUACGUCUGCCGCUAUGCCUGCCUCGCUCUGUCUAUCUAGUCAAGCUUGUUCCUCUCCUAUUGUCCCACAUUUAGUGCAAUAUAGUUUGGAUUCUGAAGCCCGUCUCCUGAAUCGUACACCUCACUGUUGGCAAGCUGACCCACAAAGUAGUUCUCCAAAACAGAAGGAGCCGGGCUCUCCCUCCCCUCAUCUUUCAGCUACUGUUCAACCUUCUUCUCUCAUUCAUGAGAAUGCCUUAUCUAAAGCAUUGGAUCAUCCUCCACAUAACAUUGUUAUAGCCUCGAGCCAGGAACAGCAAACUUCUGAUGCUCUGAGUAGAAAUGCACAUAAUACCUCCACAUCUGUUAACAAUUUAAUGAUUGAAAUUCUAAGUCCCCUGGAUGCAGCUCCUUCAAAUCACUUCUCCAGAAACUGUGUUCCUCCUUCUACUACAUUAAAUCUCCCAUCUAAAAGUACCUGCCAGUGUACAGCUUCAUGCAGUGGCAGAAUUCCGCGUAGAAAACGUCCCCCACGAAAUUGUUCUGACAAAAAGAAAAAAACUGAACUUCUGGGAUCCCAUUGUUUACCUCAUGACCCUAUGCAUGGGUCAAAUCUUAAGUCCCUUGACUCUUCCAGUACUUCAUGCUCAGGCCACUUAAUUGAGCAGUUUCCAUCUUCUUCUAUUUCAUUCAGUCCUCGGUCUUUUUGCUCUACUCAGCCUACAGGCAACACGAAUGCUACCAGCAAAUCAUCUCGUCCUCAUAUUGGUGUUACAGCUGCUACAACGAAUCUUUCAAACGUUAUAUUGACAACAAGGAGGCAAUCAGGGACACUUACUGAACGCCGUCGUUCAAAAAAAUCUAGGAUUGAUGAAAUUGCUAAAGAGUCUUUGUUGCUCCCUGAUGCUCUUGAUUGUCAGUAUUGUGGAGCUAAAAGAUUCUAUUUGGAACCCCCUAGCUUUUGCUGCUCCCAAGGAGAAAUUUCUAUUGUUGCUCCUCCAAUGCCUUACGCUCUAAAGCGUCUAUUCAUAGGAGAUGAUGAAGAAUGUGAGCAUUUUAGGAAAUUAUCUCGCACCUAUAACAAUAAUGUGUCUUUCACUUCAUUUGCUGCAAAGUAUGAUCCAGAAUUGACAAGGAAUACAAAGGGAGUAUAUACAUUUCGUGUCCAGGGGCAGGUUUAUCAUUUUUUGAAUAGUUUAUCACAGCCUGAUGAUAGACCCUGUGGAAUCCACCUCUACUUUUUUGAUACCGAUGAAGACUUAAUCAGGCGAGUCGCUGCUUCUGACAAGCUUCGCGAGAGCACUUUGAAGCUUUUGAUGGACAUACUUUCUAAUAAUCCUUAUGCUAGAUUCUUUAAGGACCUAAGUGAUGUCCCAGAUCUUGAAAAGCAUAGUGUUGUCCUUAACUGCUUUCCUGGCCUUGACCAGCGCAUUUAUAAUCUUCCUUCUGCUUCUCAAGUCGCUGCUAUAUGGACUGAAAAUGAUGAUGAAUCAUAUCCUCUCUUAUUUCUGCGUGGUGAAUCUGGAUGGCACCAUGGAAUUAAACGAGCUUAUAAAAGAAAACGAACUGAUCAUUCCUUUGAUGAAGAGGUUAUCAUUGAUCCCUCUUCUGUGCAUGAACCAUCUGAACUUAUGGAUUUAGAAAAAAGAGCUGCUGAUCGUGGAAAGAAGGAUGAGCAUACUGUAUCGGCUAGAGAGUAUUACUGCUAUAGGUUCCAGAUCAGGAAGAAUGACGAAUCUAUGCUAUUGCAUACUCUUAGAUUGCUGCAGCAAUUUUCAGUUGAUUCCUAUGUCAAAAUUGAAACAUCACGCCUGGAUUUUCAGCGCAAGAGGCAAAAUGAUAUUCGGACAGAAAUCCUUCAAGGAGUGCUAGAUAGUGUUUCCAUUGGUCAAAGCGAAGGCUUAAAAGUUGGCCGAAAAGUGAUAUUACCAGCUUCUUUUAUCGGUGGCCCAAGAGAUAUGAGGCGCCGAUAUCUUGAUGCAAUGGCAUUGGUACAAAAAUAUGGAAAGCCGGAUAUUUUCCUGACCAUGACAUGUAAUCCAAUGUGGAAAGAGAUUCAAGAUAAUCUGCAAUUUAAAGAAAAACUUCAGGAUAGGCCAGAUCUUUUGUCUAGAGUGUUUAGAGCAAAAUUUGAAAUGCUUAAGGCUGAACUUUUAGACAAGAAAAUUUUUGGAGAAGUCGCUGCAUGCGUUUAUGUUAUUGAAUUUCAAAAACGGGGCUUUCCUCAUGCUCACUUAUUAUUAAUCUUGAAGCCGCAAUUUAAAUUGCUUAAUCCUGAGUCAUACGAUAGAAUAGUUUCUGCUGAGCUUCCUGAUCCUAAGCAGUUCCCUCAUUUGUAUUCUCUUGUUCUUAAGCACAUGGUUCAUGGACCUUGCGGGCACAUGGGUAAGAAUAGCCCUUGUAUGAAAGAUGGUAGCUGUAAAAAUCAUUAUCCAAAAAACUUCUGUGAACAUACAACUCAUGCCGAAGACAGCUAUCCAUACUAUAGGCGGCGGAAUGAUGGCAGCAAAAUAACUGUUCGCAGGUUUGAGCUUGACAAUAGAUGGAUCAUUCCUUAUAACCCAUAUCUUUUGGCCUUGUUUGAUUGCCACAUGAAUGUGGAAAUCUGUUCCACUUUGAAGCUGGUUAAGUAUUUGUACAAGUACAUCUUCAAAGGACACGAUCUUAUCAGCUUCAAAAUUAUAUCUGACGAUUCCCGUGCCGAUGUCGAUGAGAUUAGAGAAUUCCAGCAGGGAAGAUGGAUUUCGCCCCCCGAGGCUUUUUGGCGCAUCUUUGAAUUUAGGCUAAACGAGAUGACUCCAGCUGUCUAUACUCUACAGGUUCACCUACCUGGCCAGCAACUCAUCACUUUCAACAAAAACUCGGACCUUUUACAGCUGAUGAGGAAAAUUGAUUUCUCAAAAACCAUGUUGACUGAGUUCUUCAAAAUGAACAAAACAAAUGAAAGGGCUGAAACCUUGAAGUGCUUUUAUAGAGAAUUUCCAGAGCAUUUUGUUUGGUCUUUUAAAUAUAAAGCUUGGACUGAGAGAAAGCGUAAGAAAGCCAUUGGAAGGCUAGUGACAAUCAGCCCUCAUGAAGGUGAGAGAUACUACCUUAGACUACUGCUCACUCAUGUUCGAGCACCUACGUCAUUUGAUGACCUCUUAACUAUUAGUGGCCAGAAAAUGGAUUGCUUUAGAGCUGCUGCUUUGGCCCUUGGGCUUUUACAGUCCGAUACAUAUCUACAAGACACUCUUGAAGAAGCAGCUCUUUUUCAAAUGCCAUCCUCUUUGAGACUCUUAUUUGCUACUAUUCUUGUUCAUUGUUCUCCGACAGAUCCUCGAUUUCUUUGGAACAAAUUUCAGCUAGAACUCUCUGCAGAUUACCACCGAUCUCACCACCUCUGUUUUUAUACGGCUGAAGAAAUUAGAAAUAAGGCCCUGCAGGAAAUUAAAAAAAUGGUCGAACAAAUGGGUAAGAGUUUUGCUGACUACCAUCUAACUACAGACAUUCCACCAGCUGUUCACUAUGAUAAGCUAACAAAGGAGAUUGAAUGUGAAAGAAAUAUUGAAGUUCUAGCAGAGGAUCUAAUAAUGUCUUCGAGGUUAAAUAUUGAACAACAGCAUGCCUAUGAUUUAAUUCUGCAGUCAGUUUUCUCUCCCAUUGGCCAGAGUUUUUUUGUUGAUGGCCCUGGGGGAACUGGUAAGACUUUCUUAUAUCGGUCCCUUCUAGCUACUUUGAGAUCCCAAGGCCACAUUGCUAUUGCAGUUGCAACGUCGGGUGUCGCAGCGUCUAUUCUUCCAGGAGGAAGAACGGCCCACUCUAGAUUCAAGAUGCCACUAGAUUUUUCUAGAAAUAAAACCUGCCAGAUUAGUAAACAGGGCAGUGUUGCAAGAUUGCUUUUUCAAUCAAGGUUAAUCUUGUGGGACGAGGCUUCAAUGGCAAAACGAGAAAUUGUUGAAGCCUUUGAUGGUUUGCUUAGGGAUAUAAUGGACUGUGACCUUCCAUUUGGAGGAAAAGUAGUUGUUUUCGGUGGCGACUUCCGUCAAACUUUGCCGGUUAUCAAACAGGCAACAAAACAGACUCUUAUCGAAUCCAGUCUUCCUAACUCUCCUUUGUGGCCUAAGCUCCAGAAGCUGCAUUUGACACAAAAUAUGCGAGCCAUCUUAGAUCCAGCGUUCUCAGAAUUCUUAUUAAGAAUAGGUGAAGGAAGAGAGCCUGUUGAUAUAGAUGGCGAAAUAACCUUAUCUUCUGAGAUGGUCAUUCCUUAUACUGACAAAGAGAAAUCUUUGAACAGGUUGCUGGAAUUUGUUUUUCCAGAUUUAACAGCCUAUUUAAAAGAUCCUUAUAGUAUGAUCAAUAGAUGUGUCCUUGCACCAAAAAAUACCUCAGUUGAUGAAAUAAAUGACAUGCUAAUCAGAAGAUUUCCUGGGAAUCUUCAUGUGUAUGUCAGUUCUGAUAGAACUGUUGAUCCACGCCAUCAAGGAGACUAUGAAGAUUUCUUGAAUUCUCAAAAUCCAAAAGGCCUUCCUCCUCACAAACUGGUGCUCAAAGAAAACUGUCCAAUCAUGCUUAUGAGAAACCUCAACCCUACUGAAGGAUUAUGCAAUGGUACACGACUCAUUUGCAGAGAGCUAAGACAGAAUACUAUCUGUGCAGAGAUAGCUUUUGGCCAACAUCAAGGGAAAAGAAUCUUUCUUCCUAAAAUUCCUAUGCAAGUAUCUGAUAAUGACAAGAAUGGCCUGCCGUUUAUAAGGACACAAUUUCCUGUUCGUGUCUGUUUUGCCUUGACAAUAAACAAAUCCCAAGGUCAAACACUAGAUUAUGUUGGAAUCUACCUCCGUGAGCCAGUUUUUUCUCACGGUCAACUAUAUGUUGCUUUAUCUAGAGUUAAAACUUCUGCAGCAGUCAAAGUCCUUAUCCUGCCUGGAACUUUUGAUGGCAUAAAAACUGAUUGCAAGACUAGGAAUGUUGUCUUUGAAGAAAUACUUCACCUCACUGCAUGA